AUGGGGUGCACGAUCAGCGCCGAGGACAAGGCAGCGGUGGAGAGGAGUAAGAUGAUUGACAAAAACCUUCGGGAGGACAGAGAGAAGUCUUCCAGGGAAGUGAAGUUGCUACUGUUAGGUGCUGGGGAGUCUGGGAAGAGCACAAUAGUGAAGCAGAUGAAAAUCAUUCAUGAAGACGGUUACUCAGAAGAAGAGUGCAAGCAGUACAAAGUGGUGGUCUACAGCAACACAAUCCAGUCCAUAAUGGCCAUCAUCAGAGCAAUGGGCCGCUUAAAGAUAGACUUUGGAGAUGCAGCUCGAGCAGAUGAUGCCCGACAGCUGUUUACACUGGCCAGUUCAGCGGAGGAGGGAGUGAUGUCGGCCGAGCUGUCCCGUGUGAUCAGACGCCUUUGGGCUGACGAGGGGGUGCAGGCGUGCUUCGACCGGUCUCGCGAGUAUCAGCUCAACGACUCCGCCGCAUACUACCUGAACGACUUGGACCGCAUCUGUGAAUCCGGUUACGUUCCCACUCAGCAGGACGUGCUGAGAACCAGAGUGAAGACCACAGGCAUCGUGGAGACACACUUCACCUUCAAAGACCUCUACUUCAAGAUGUUUGAUGUGGGGGGUCAGCGCUCAGAGAGGAAGAAGUGGAUCCAUUGUUUUGAAGGCGUCACUUCAAUCAUCUUCUGUGUGGCUCUCAGUGACUACGACCUGGUUCUGGCCGAGGACGAGGAAAUGAACCGCAUGCACGAGAGCAUGAAACUCUUCGACUCCAUCUGUAACAACAAGUGGUUCACGCUCACCUCCAUUAUCCUGUUUCUGAACAAGAAGGACCUGUUUGAGGAGAAGGUGACGCGCAGUCCUCUCACCAUCUGCUACCCUGAGUACACAGGGGGACACUCGUAUGAAGAGGCGGCAGCGUACAUCCAGUGUCAGUUUGAAGACCUGAACAAACGGAAGGACACUAAGGAGAUCUACACUCACUUCACCUGCGCCACAGACACCAAGAACGUGCAGUUUGUGUUCGACGCUGUCACUGACGUCAUCAUUAAGUUCAACCUUCGGGAAAUCGGUCUUUACUGA